UUAUCCACGGCCGUCGUCCUAAAAAAAGAAAGCGUGUGUUGCUAGUUUAUUGUCGAAGACUCGAAUGAUUUGUGAAGUGCUCCGUCUUUGGGCACCUCCGCGCCGUUAAACCAUGUCAGGUUUGGCUGUAUAGCGACAAAUAAUCCCACAAAGUGUCCGUAUUAUCCACAGUAACCAAGCGACUAGAGGCAAACUAUGAUCCUAGGAUGAUUUCUGCUAAAGCAACUCCGGAGAAGAGUCGUUAUCCUGUGCACUAUCUGGUGUGGCACAAUAAACACCGACAGCUGGAGAAAGAACUGGCAACCAAUGAGCAGACUGAUUUAGAGUCUCUGGACCCUCGUGGUCGGACUCCACUCCACCUGGCUGUCACACUGGGCUACCUGGACUGUGCCCGGGUGCUGCUGCAGCAUGGCGCUGAUGUCAGCAAGGAGAAUCGUAAUGGAUGGACCGUUCUUCAGGAGGCAGUGAGUACUCGAGAUCCAGAGUUGGUGCGUCUUGUCCUGCGUUACCGUGACUACCAGAGGACUGCCAAGAGACUGGCGGGUAUCCCCAUCCUCCUGGAGAGACUGCGCCAAGCCCAGGACUUUUAUGUGGAGAUGAAAUGGGAAUUUACCAGCUGGGUGCCUCUGGUUUCUCGUAUUUGCCCCAGCGACACCUACAGAGUUUGGAAGAGUGGUCAGAGUCUCCGUGUUGACACCACAUUGAUGGGAUUUGAACAGAUGACGUGGCAGAGAGGAAAUCGCAGCUUCAUUUUUAGGGGGCAAGACUCCAGCGCGGAGGUGAUGGAGGUGGAUCACGACAGGCAUCUGGUUUUCUGUGAGACCCUGAGUGUUUCACAUCUCACUGCACUCUCGCCUGGUCGGAGGAACGGCAGCGCCUGCUGCAGUACUGCCACUGGUUUGGGCCUGCUGGGGGCAGUGCAGCCCAGCGAUGAGCAGGUAGCGGCCAGGCUGUCUGCGCCUGUGGUAACCACUCAGCUGGACACCCGCAACAUCGCCUUUGAAAGGAACAAGACGGGUAUACUGGGCUGGAGGAGCGAAAAGACUGAAAUGGUCAACGGAUAUGAAGCCAAGGUGUAUGCAGCAUCCAAUGUGGAGCUGAUCACUCGGACCAGAACUGAUCAUCUUUCAGACCAGAACAAAAACAAGACAAAAGGUGGGAAGACUCCACUACAGAGCUUCUUAGGGAUUGCUGAGCAGCACAUGGGCUCAAACAACGGAGCACUGGUGACACAAAUGUCAUGUCCUAUUGUGACCAACCCUGCAGCGCUGACAGCUGAGGAAUACUUCAAUUCCAGCUCCUCUCCAACACAGAGGGACAUCGGCCACCCGUGUCAACUCACCACAAAGACCCAGAGGUUCAAAGCAAAGCUGUGGUUGUGUGAGUCCCAUCCUUUGUCCCUGGCAGAACAAGUUGUGCCUAUAAUCGAUCUCAUGGCGAUCUCAAAUGCCCUGUUUGCUAAGCUGCGUGACUUCAUCACUCUGCGCUUGCCGCCUGGUUUCCCCAUCAAGAUUGAGAUCCCCCUUUACCACAUCCUCAAUGCCAGGAUCACUUUCAGCAACCUGAACGGAUGCGAGGAGGUGACCGGCGCCCGGGGUGACUUUGAGAUGGGGGCGGAGAGGGACGGGCCUAGGGAUGUGGCGAGGACAGACACGCCCUCUCCAGGAAGCGACUCCUCCAGUGUUUCCAGCUCCAGCUCCAUCUUGUCAUGUCGCCUGGGAGAAAUUCCCCCAUGUGUGUUCGAGCCCCCGCCUGGAUACACCAUGCUUGGAGGCAAACAGAGAGACAGCAUGAGGGAGGAGGAGGAGGAGGACCUUCUGCAAUUCGCCAUACAGCAGAGUCUGCUGGAGGCAGGCUCUGAAUACGACCAGGUGACCAUUUGGGAGGCACUGACCAAUAGCAAACCUGGAACACAUCCCCUCCCCUGUGACCCGAGUCGUCUGGAUCGGACCCCACAGCACAAGCCCCGCCCACCCACCAGCCUCUGCUCCACCCCCAACAAGAAGCAACCGACCAGCUGCAGCUACAACGAGCAGCUGCGCAUCGCCAUGGAGAUCUCUGUGCGGGAGCAGGAGGAGGCGGAGCGUCAAAGACGACAGGAAGAAGAGGAGUUGCAGCGCAUCAUUCAGCUGUCACUCAUGGAGAAAUGAAAGCUGAUUGGCCCAAUGGGCAUCUGAAGGGAUCGGUCUACCUGAAUGGGGAGAAGGACGGCUGGUGAUAUGUAGCCUUGAAGGCUACAUUCAAACUUUAAGCACACGCUUUAAGUGAUUGAUAGUAAACACCAUCUUUUGCCUCC